AUGACUGUGAACUACCGUCGAGUGUUAUUUCCAUACCUUUUCACUAACACAAUACCAAAGAAAAUAAUGCCAACGAUGGGUUUUGGAAUACGCUCAGACCCUGAAAUGCAGAUAGAGUAUAAAGUUGAGUUCCAUUACCAGAAGUUUAGAUAUGAAACAGAAAAAAGGACAGGGAAGAAACAGCACACUAAGCCAAUGAUGAUUAUUAAAUGUAAAGAACUUCCAGAUAUUCCACACAAAUAUAAACUGUACAUUGUCCCUGUAUCACCUAAUAAACCAUUCUGUGUCCAUCCAAAUAAGUUGGUUGGUAAAGAUUGCUGUGAUGGUGUAUAUCAUACUACUGAUGUUAGCAAAAUUAAAAAGAAAGCUAAUGGCGAUUGCAUUUUAGAAAUUCCAUAUUUGUAUAUUUGUCGCACGAAGAAGAAUGCUGUUAAAAAUUCUCUAGAGAAAAUGUUGAAGCAAUUGCCUGAUUCUGUUAAUGAACUGUGCAAGAUUGAAAGUAGUAGUGAUGAUAAUGUUAAAACUGAUUCCAUUCGACUUAGAGUUAUUUUAGAUAUUGAUGGUAAAAUGUAUAAUAAAUUAACCAGUAUCAUUACACAUCAUGAUUCAGGUGAAAAAGUUAAGCUCAAUAUUAAUGAAUUAAGCAGUUAUAAUUUUACCAGUGAAGAUAAAAAUUACAUAUGGAUAUUUACAGAAGACAUUAUUGGACCUGAUAUAAAGCAAGGUGAGUUUGAAGUUCAGAUGAUAACUGACAACUGGGAGAGUAAACCUUAUAUAUUAAAGAAUGGAGAUAUAUCAUAUAAGAGAGCAAUCAAAUAUGUAGUACCUGAAUGUAAAGACAGCUGUAUACAGACAGGUGACGUGAAAGGAAAGUUAGUUUUAAGAUGUCUUAUUAACAAUUUAACUAGUGAUCGUGAUAUUGUGUUUAUACAAUCAAAACUGCAUAAAAAGCGAAAAGCUCUUAGAGACAGACAAUAUGAUAUUAAAAGACUAUGUCUAGAAAAAGGUCAAAGUUCUUCUGAAAUAUCCCAAGAUUCAGACAUGCCAACAUCUAAUAACAAUAGAGAAACUGCUACCUCUGACAACUAUAGAUUGCUCCAAAAUAAUGGUGGUAAAACCUUUGUCCCAGAGUCAGAACCAUCUACAUUUAAGCCUGCUCUACAAAAACCUACUCCACAAACAUAUGUUCCACAACAACCUACCUCUGAGAAUGCUUCAACUGCAUUAACAAUGGAAUUUUCAUCAAACGCUGUUUCACAACAACCUUCAUCAGAAAUUGUUUCCAUAGACUAUCUCGCUAAUGAUUUGGUAAAUGAUAAUGUUGGAGCACAAGAAAUGGAAUCAGAUAGUUCACAAUUGUACUUAACCUAUGAUAACAUUGAUAAUAAUCCAUCACAAGGAUCACAAGCUAGGAUACAUGAGGCAUCUGAUACAAGUCAUGCAGGCAGCAGUUUUGGAAUGUCUGGUGAUCAGAAUUGGUAUGACAGCAAAUAUAAAGAGUUUAAUCAGGGUGUAGGUAGUUCAUUACAAGCAGAAUCCAGUGAUGUAUCUACAUCAUAUCGGCCAGAGGUAGAACCUGUUACACCUGUCAUUUUUGGUUCUACUCUAGAUAUUUUAGCUGAAAGUGUGCAGCUGUCAGGCAUACCUGACAAUAGUUCACAAAACACAAACCAUGUAGAAGGAACUUCAUUCCAGAGGGAGGUACAAUUACACCCAGAAAACUUUGAUAUGAAGAAAUCAGUUUCUCCUCCUGGUUCAAGUAUGGAAUUAUUACCACAAGUAGACUUUGAUUUUAACCUGAGUAGCAUAGAUAUAGUGGCAGGCUGCACAGAGCUUUUAGAAGCAUCUGCUGUUGAUUAUCAGAAGGACCUACAGUUGAAGAAGUAG